AUGACAGAUUUUGAAAAAUCAAUAAUCAAUGCCUGCGAAGAAGUUUUUCCAAAUUCGCCUAUCAGUUGUUGCUUUUUUCAUUUCGGCCAAUCAAUGUAUCGUCAAAUUCAGUUUGCUGGUCUUCAAGCCGCAUAUAAUGACCCCGUCGAUCGUUCGUUGAAAUAUUUUACACAUAUGAUGCUAGCACUGGCAUUUGUGCCAUUGACUGAAGUUUCUCGCAUUUUUUCUCUUUUGAAAAAUGAUGCACCUGUAGCUCUAUCACCAAUUCUUGAAUAUUUCGAAAAAAAUUAUGUUCUUAGAGUAAUAGCUCGAGGAAGAAGACGAAGGAUUCAUCCACGUUAUCCACCAGAAAUUUGGAAUCAGUACCAAGCAGCUCUGACUGGUUCGCAUAAGACCAACAACGUAAGCGAGGGGUGGCAUAAUCGCUUCCAGCUCGUCAUUGGAAAACAUCAUCCUGACCUUUACUCUGCUCUCGGUGAGUUCCAAAAAGAACAAGGUGAUGUAGAGAUAAUGAUCUCAGAGCUGAGUCUAGGGCGAAAAGUGAGAGCUCAGCCAAAAAGAAAAUGGCGAGACUUUCAGAUGCGAAUUAUGGCCAUUACUGCUGACUUUAAUACAUACCAAGAAUUAGAUUUUCUGAAGGCAAUCGCGCAUAAUAUUGUUUUAUGA